CCUACAUACCCCUUCCAGCCACCGUAGGUCCAUGGCGGAUAGGGGCUGAACUUGGAUCAUUCCGGUCUGUUGAACAUCUCCACCACUAGUGACUUAGUCACCAUCGACCACAUCCUUUUAAAUGUUCGUAGUGACUCAGGUAAUGACUCAGCUUCAUGGCGCUGGGCCCUUGGGACGUGACCAGCUCAACAGCUCGACCCGGUUUUGGCGGUGCUACAUCAUCCGAGGUGAAGCUCCGUCGCGUUGGCACCUCCUUGACCUUGAGCCACUUCUUCAACUGCACUCGAAGGAACUCCGUCACGGGGAAGGUGGUGAUGAAAGAAGACAGGUACAUGCCCGGCUUCAUUCUGGUUGAUCUCUUUGGCCGUCGUCGCCUCAUCGGCAGCCCAGAUGACCUCUUCGAGGACAGAGAUGAGGCGCCGGAAACGCCGCUCACCGUCGCGGUGCAUUGCCUCUCCGGAAGCUCCCUGGGGCCCUUUACGUGGCGCGAUGCCGAGCAGCGAGCCGCUGGGGCAAAGGAACUGCCGCGGCGCAUUGUGGAGGAACUGAAGGUGCCGGAGCUCGCUCAGCAGCUGUGGCUCCAUGACAUCCCGCUGCCGGUGGCCAGGCAUAUGGCCUCCGGCUUCGCGGAGCGCGCGAGGAGCGCGCAGCAGGGACUGACGAAGGUCCACAUCCAGGACCUCAAGGCCUUGUCCAAGCCUCCGGAGAAAGUACUGAAGGUCCUUCAAGUGGUGAUGCAUUUGCUCUCCCACAGUCCACGGAUGAGACUCACGCCCACGGAGCAGAAGAUUGCCAACUGGACAGCCUGUCAGAAGAUGAUGAGCGACAUGUGCAAUUUCCUGGAAGCACUCAAUGACUUCCCGCAAGAGGUCCAGAGCCUUCCAAUGGCUGCUGUGCAGAAGGCGCAGGAGAUUAUCGAUGCAAUGGCUCCGGAUUACACACCCGAGCAACUGAAGAAGACAUCCAUCGUUGCAGAACUCCUGUGCAAGUGGUCCCAAGCAGCCAUGCUGCUGCAUCGAGCGGUCUAUGCACCUGAGACCCUGCGUUCCCUACGCCUUAACCGCGAUCUUCGCCUCAUCGAUGCGCUCGACGCCUACGCCGACAGCGCGAAGCUUCUUCGGCCCCGGGGCGAAGCCGCAGAAGGAACCGAGGUGAUUUUGACCUUGGUGGUGGAUCAGGAAGAGGUCUUCGACAAGAUCAGUGAAUGUUCGAAGGAAGGCUUUGAUGCGUUGACCUUGCUGGCACCAUGCUGCCCGGAGCGUGCGCUGCGGCAGUUGGCCUCAAGCCUUCAGGGUUGGCGCCAGCAUGAACGACAGGCCGCGCUGGAAUGCCUCAAGGCUGCAUUCUCACCUGAUCAGGAGCUGGCAGGCCUGUUGGCCCGGGAGUGGAAUGGUAUGACGACUUGCUGCUGGUCCGACGAGGCCUUGGCGGCCCUCCAGCACCUCACACGUGAUGGGCGAGUGGCGAUCGACGGUGAUGCGAGUGAUGCAGUGGUGCGGUGCGUGGCGCAAGCAGUGAAUAUGAAAAGUCAGUCGCAUGUUGCAUACUGGGAGCAACCCGUGGACAGCGACGUGGAGCACCCGACCAGAAGCCUUCGCCAGAGCUUUUUGGACUUCUUUGCUCAGCUUUUGUCUCACGCACCUCACUGCGCACGCAGCGCCAUUGAUGCACUUUGGGCGGCCGUGGACGGCGCAGCUGCGCGAGGCGAAUCUUCCCGGAAUGCCGUGCAGUUGGAGGCCUUGGAAGCGCUCAAGCUCGCGUGUGCUUGGGAGGAGGUCUACGGCACCCAACAGCUUUUGCCUCGCCUUGCGGCUCCCGAUCCGGUCACUGCCGCUUUGGCCGCCCGUGCUGCGUGCACGGUGGCGACAACUCAUGCUGGAACGUUGGUGGAGGCGGUGGGUGCGCUGAUACAGCUGAAGAAGCUGAGGAGUCCAGAGCUACAGGUGUUGGCCGAGAGCUAUGGGCAGCUGGCGCCAGCUGCUCCAAACCCCUUCAUCACGCCACUCCUGCGGGAGCUUCGAGUGGCGCCAGGGAUCCACAAGGUGGAGAUCCUGAAGGUCCUCGAGGCGGUGGCGACCGAUGAACAGAAGAUCGGACAGCUCCUUGAAGCCCUGCGUGGGUUAUUCCAAGAGGCCGAUCUUUGCACGCAUCGCAAGGGGCUUGAGCUUCUUGACAUGGCCGUGGACGUGUUGGAACGGCUCGGGUGCAGCGGGGCGGUGGCGAGCAGCGUGGAGCCCUUGCUGGAGUCCUUGAUACGACGCUGCACUUUGAAGUGCCAUUGGACCUACAGCAGCAUCGAUUUACAGGCCCUUUUUCGCCGCCUGCUGUGGCGCCUGGUGGCCAUAUUGGGAGGCAGCCGAGUGGAGGAUUUGGAGCGCAUCGCUUUGGGCUUCACCAGCGGACAUGCCAAGGUUAGAGAGGAAUCGCAAAAGCUCUUCAGCGAGAUCCCCAAGGCCGGCGAGGCCAUGAAGGAGGUGAAGCGGAUCCUCCUGGACGUCUUGGAUGACGACUUCAACAGCGACGCCUGUUGCAUCGCCCUGCAGCUCUUGGAGAGUGAAAUGCCCGAUCCCGACCUCGAGGACCGGUUGGUGCGCUUGCUGGGACACCCGUCGCCCCUGGUGCGCGCGGCGACCGUGGAGGUCUUAAGAGGUGCAAGUGCCCAUCGCCUGGAGGUCUUGGGUCCGAUUUGCUUGGAGGAUGAGGAGCUUUUGGUGAUUGGUUUGUUUGAAGUGAGCACAUGUUGGAACAAGCAUCGGGAGACCAAUGACAGGCCUACCUUGAGAUCUUGGUCAUUGAGAUGGAAUGUAUGUUUCAAUAUGUUUCACAGUUGUCAGUCUUUGGCCGAGAGGUGUAUUUUUGCUGUCUUAAUGCAUGCACUCGACUGGAGCUAA